UCCCGAAGCCAGAUCGGUUCACCGAACUGGAAGUCGGGGAUUAUUAUGUCAUUUGAUCUCAUCACUUGCUCAUCACAAUUAAAAAUGUUCAAGUUCAACUUCGACGUGGAGGACGAUACUGAACAUUACAGUACAGCUGUAAAUCACACAACACAGAACCAGGGGCACGCUUCCGUGGAGGCGGCAGUCGUUCCUGAUGUAUUCACGGAGCUUUUUCUCGCAGACGCAUUAAACAGCCUACCGUCCAAAAUAUCUUACUCUCCAGUCACGAUCCCACUUGCCAACGGAGGUGAACUUUCCCUUCCACGCCGUGAUCUGUUCGAUGCGAGGUUUCAAUUGAUCUCUCAAAAUGUUGAUGACCCGGAUGCAUUGGAGCAACCGUCCGUCAACGCACGGUCGGCGCUGCACUUUUUAGAUACACCCUCUGACCUCGUGCCUCUCGUCUAUGAGGGCGGCUUGAAGACUUGGGAAUGCAGUCUUGAUCUUGUCAGCUAUCUAGACGGCAUAAAGUCACAGUUUGAUUUUAGCGGCAAGCGCGUGCUGGAGAUCGGAUGUGGCACCUCGAUUCCAUCGCUAUACAUCCUUCAUCGAAUAUUCUCCUCCCCACCUUCUCAGAAUCAGACACAUAUACACCUCCAGGACUAUAACGCCUCCGUGUUGGAAUUGGUGACUAUUCCCAAUAUUAUUCUGACCUGGUAUCUGUCAGAGGCAGCAGAGACAUACCGCAAAUCAGAGGAGCGGGCAGACUCUCCUUUGGAAUUGAACAUCUCGGAAAGUCUUAAAGACGCGUUCCAUCAAUCCCUGGUGACCUAUGGUGUCGAUUUACGUUUUUUCUCUGGCUCAUGGGAUACAUUCGACCUCCAAAAAUCAUGUGGGAGCUACAACCUGGUGUUAACAUCUGAGACCAUAUACCGGAUGGAGUCUCUUCCGAGCCUUACUGCUCUUAUGCGUGGUGCUUGCAACGCCGAAGUCUCCCAAGCUGUGGACGAUUACCUCUGUCUUGUAGCCGCAAAAGUGCUUUACUUUGGUGUGGGUGGCGGAGUAACAGAGUUUGUGCGAUGUGUACGAGAUUUGUAUAAAGGAGGAACAGUUGAGACUGUAUGGGAGAAAACACAGGGCGUCGAAAGGAGAGUAAUGAGUGUCAGAUGGAAUUGACGAUUUUAUUUGAUCCUUACUUGCGAGAUGAAAUGAAGCAUAAUCAUGUCGAUGAGAAUAAUAUGACUAGGAGGGCCGGCCAAUACAACAAAAUCAGAAUUGUUGUGAACAGCAAAAAAUGUGGACAAA